CGGAAUACACCAAAUACCUAUCGUUUUGUUAGUGCUUUGCGUGCGACUGCGUCUAAAAACUGUUCUAAUAGAUAGACCCAAAGAGUAGUAUAAUAUACCGGAUAGACCGGUUACUUGCUAAAGAAAUAAUUAACCUGUUUUUUGUAAAGUGUGACUGUCUGUUACUGUUAAAAGAUUGUUCGUACUUCCAGAAAAUGAGAUGUAUCAAAACAACUCUUCAGAUAAUCUUCCUGCUCAAUGUGUGUUUAGCGACGCUGUCUCCACCAACUGAUAAAAAGGGCCAAAAAGGUGUGAAAGCCCAAGACGGGCCCCGAAAAAAUAAUGUUCUAGAUCGUAAACUUGUUAAUGAGACUCCACUCGCAAAGGAUAUUAUCAAAUAUCAUGCCACUUACCAUCAAGAAUUAACUAAGAGAAACUUUAAAAAUUCUGUUCUGGGCUAUGUUACGCCUUGGAAUAAUAAAGGUUACGAUGUGGCCAAAACAUGGGCACCAAAGUUUAAUUACAUUUCUCCAGUAUGGCUACAAGUCAAAAGACAAUCUCCCAAUAUAUACAUAAUAUCAGGACUCCAUGAUGUGGAUCAUGCUUGGAUGAAAUCUGUAAGGCAGAAGGGAUUGUCAAAUAAUUUAAAAAUAUUGCCUAGAAUCCUGUUUGAAAACUGGCAGCCUACUGAUCUUAAAUCUUUCUUUAUGGAACCCACUGCUCAUACUGAACAAAGGGCUCUAAUAGAAGAAAUAAAGAAGACAUGCAAACAGUGGAAAUUUGAUGGAGUAGUUCUUGAGAUACUCUCUCAAAUUGGAAAAUAUGUAGAUAAAUCUGUGAAGUUCAUACAACAGUUUGGGAUGGAAAUGAAUGAAGAUGACUUAAAGCUGAUUCUGGUGUAUCCACCUUUCCGAGGCUAUCCCACUGAUGAAUUCUUUAUUCAGGCCUUCAAUGAUAUCUAUCCUUAUGUAGAGGCUGUAUCUGUUAUGACAUAUGACUUUUCAAACCCACAAAAACCAGGACCAAAUGCUCCAUUAUAUUGGAUGAGGCUGUGUGUAGAGAAACUUAUAGACAAUGAAGAGAACCCAUCAAAGAGAUCAAAAAUAUUACUUGGUCUUAAUUUCUAUGGCAACUCUUAUACUGCCAAUGGUGGUGGACCAAUUGUGGGCACAGAGUAUAUAGAGCUUCUGAAAAAUGCUAAGAAUAAUCAGGCUCUAUCAUAUAAUAACAAUACUGCAGAGAAUUAUAUAGAAAUUAGAACAUCUCAGGGAGCAAAGAAAAUAUUUUAUCCAACACUAUAUUCUAUACAAAGGCGACUAGAUUUAGCACGAGAGUUUGGUACCGGUGUUGCCAUAUGGGAGCUAGGUCAGGGAUUGGAUUAUUUCUACGACUUGUUUUGAUCACCAGUGAUAUUAUUUUUAAGGCAAUAAAAUUGUGAUGGUAUGUGAGAACUAGUCACUCUUAUUUAUUUAUGAAAUAAAAGACGAUUCUAUUCCU